GGUAGAGAGAGCAGAGGGUAGAGAGGAGAGUAGAGAGGAGAGAGGAGAGAAGAGAGGGUAGAAGGUCUCAGACUUCACAGCUUCACCAGGGGGGUAUGAGCAGCAGAAGAGGGUAGAAGGUCUCAGAGGGGGGUGGCAGCAGGUAUGAGUGAGAUCAGCGAUGCUGCUGAACCUGGGCUCCUGUUCCCAUGACAGCAGCUGUGCUAUGAUUGGUCAGGAGUCAGGUCAGUCUAACGGCAUGGUGGUGGUCGGGGUCAGUCUGGUCGGCCAUCUGUAAGGCGUGUGUGUGUGUCCCCUUGAAGCUCGCUGCCGGUCUGUACCACGGGGCGCCCUCAGACAUGGACCCCCAGCUCUGCUGCCCCGUGUCAGUCUGGCGUCGGCCCGUAGAGGAUGUCCCGCAGCGGAGGGCCGCCAGGGUCCCCGGGGCCUCGUGAGCGCCGCACGCGUGUGUGUGUGUGUGAGCGCACGUGUGCGUGUGUGUGUGAGUGCGGCAGCAGCGGACGCAAUCAGCGCAUCAGACAUCACAUGAGAGACGUGAUGGAACAGCUGGAGUACGUGCUGGCCGAGCUGAAGGACGUGGCGAGAGAACUACAGGAGGUGGUGGGACAGAUUGACAAGCUGACGGGAGACAUCGACCUCGACGCCGACGCCGACGCCGACGCCGACGCCGACGCCGACGCCGACGAGUGCACUGCAGCCAGUGAGAGAGAGCCGUCAGACACACACAGAGACACACUCCACCACCCCUCCCAGGACACGCUGUCUGACCCCUGCAGCUCAGGGACUGUGUCAGAGAACCCCCUCCUUGGUUCCAAAACAGAACUCAGGGGGAACCAGCCCCAGAUGGUCCCCAGCGGAGGUGCUCAGGUGAAUGGCAGGAACUGUUUCACACCGAACAGCCCAAAGGGUUCUUGCUUCACCCCAGACAGCCGAAAGGGUUCCUUUAACAGCCCCUUCGGCUCGUGGGCAUCUGUAUCUGGGGGCGGUCGAUGUUUCAGUGAGCGGGAACUUCAUGCCCUGUGCUGUGAUGAUGAUGAUGAUGAUGAUGAGGAAGGAAGAAGCAGUCUAGUACGAUCGUCCAGACUAUCGUCCAGUGACUCCGUGUUCUCCUCUCCUCCUCCCCUCCACCCGUUGGCGUUAGCAACGCUGACCCCUGGGCACAGGAGGAAGAUGCAGCGCAGUUGUGCCACGCAGACCGUUUCGGACAAGAGCACACAGACUGCAUGGCCUUACGUCUCAAACAAAGACCUUAGAGCACAGAGAGAGACUAAGAGCUUAUGUUUCAAAGAAAGACCUUAGAGCACACAGACUGCAUGGCCCUUAUGUCUCAAACAAAGACCUUAGAGCACAGAGAGAGACUAAGAGCUGAGAAGGGACAGAAAUCAUCAGCAAUUGUUCAAAUGUACUGGAGAGUAAACAAUGACUGGUUAUCUGAUGGAAAAUAAUUAAUUUAUUUCACUGUGAAAGUGCAACUUCCUUUAUUUAUGAAAUCGUGUAUGUUAACUAAGCAUGGCAACUGUGAAAUGAAAAAUGUUCUGGAAGGAUCAGCAACCUGCCAGUACACUUUUCAUUUUUACCCCGAGGUAGAAUAUUUCAUUUUUGGGGAAAAACCAAGCUAGAAAGAAUGACAUUUUAGUCGUGUAAUUGUUGCACAGCUUGUACUUUAAAUGCCUGGCAAACACUGAACCCCAGACUGAAUAAAAAAUGUAAAUCUCAAAAACACAGCAUGCUCACACACACACACACACACACACACACACACACACACACACACACACACACACACACACACACAGAGAAACUAGUCAACAAGCCCAGCUGUGCUAACAGUCAGGCAUGUUCCCCGCUGUAUCAACACACUAAAGCUGCACUCUCUGUUUCAACUGUCAAUGCUCCAGGCUGCGAAAACACCAAUUAAACUGGUGACCGAAUCUCUCCUCUCAUGACCUUUACAUUAUUCAUGUUACAACGCGCUUCACACCUCCAAUCUGUGUGUGAGCAGUCAUCAGCUCUAGUGAGGGAGUAGUGUGUGUGUGUGUGUGUGUGUGAGUGUGUGUGUGUGUGUGUGUGUGUGUGUGUGUGUGUGUGUGUGUGUGCUCCUCUGGCUUCAGAGUUAAGAAGCACUGCUCCUUAAUAAAAGAUUCCCUCGAUGUGAAGUUCUCUUCUCCCAGUGCCAUCCGCUAACAUCCCCAUUGAAAAUGCAUGUGAAUCAUGGUGACCACAUUAAAAAGAUCAAGCGCAUUGCUGCCUGCAGUUUGUGCAAACUCCUAUCCAAGAUAUCUCAUGGUCCUUGAUCAUAGCAUUUUUUUAUUAAAAUACGAAACCUUCACUGUCAGUAUAACAGUAUGUGAAAAAACGUGAUGAAUAUUUGAAAUAAACACAAUGAAUAUUUGAAA